UGAGGCACUGACAUCAUCUCUUUCCUCCUGAAUGCCCUCUUUGCAGCUCUGUCACUUGGGCCCUGUCUUUCACCUGGGCCGCUGUGACCUUCAUUCAUUCAUUCACGGAAAUACAGAAAUGGCUUCGGACAUCCCUGGGUCGGUGACGCUGCCCGUCGCCCCCAUGGCGGCUGCUGGACAGGUGAGGGUGCCGGGGGCCAUGCCCGCCCGUGGAGGAAAGCGGCGUUCUGGAAUGGACUUUGACGAUGAAGACGGUGAGGGUCCCAGCAAAUUUUCCAGAGAGAACCACAGUGAGAUUGAAAGGCGCAGGCGGAAUAAGAUGACACAGUACAUCACCGAGCUAUCGGACAUGGUGCCCACAUGCAGUGCGCUGGCACGGAAGCCGGACAAGCUCACCAUCCUGCGCAUGGCGGUGUCCCACAUGAAGUCCAUGCGGGGCACGGGGAACAAAUCUACGGACGGGGCCUACAAACCCUCCUUCCUUACCGAGCAGGAGCUGAAGCAUCUCAUCCUGGAAGCGGCCGAUGGGUUUCUGUUUGUCGUGGCGGCCGAGACGGGGCGCGUCAUCUAUGUGUCUGACUCCGUCACCCCCGUGCUGAACCAGCCCCAGUCGGAAUGGUUCGGGAGUACGCUGUAUGAGCAGGUGCACCCUGACGACGUGGAGAAGCUGAGAGAGCAGCUCUGCACCUCUGAAAACUCCAUGACAGGCCGGAUCUUGGACCUGAAGACGGGAACGGUCAAGAAAGAAGGACAGCAGUCGUCGAUGAGGAUGUGCAUGGGCUCGCGGAGGUCCUUCAUAUGCAGGAUGAGGUGUGGAAACGCUCCUUUGGACCACCUCCCUCUGAACAGAAUAACCACCAUGAGGAAAAGGUUCAGGAAUGGCCUUGGCCCUGUGAAAGAAGGGGAGGCCCAGUACGCCGUGGUCCACUGCACAGGGUACAUCAAGGCCUGGCCCCCAGCAGGAAUGACUAUACCCGAAGAGGACGCCGAGGUGGGACAGGGCAGUAAAUACUGCCUCGUGGCAAUCGGGAGACUUCAGGUGACCAGCUCUCCUGUAUGCGUGGACAUGAGCGGGAUGUCGGUGCCCACGGAGUUCUUGUCCCGGCACAGCUCUGACGGGGUCAUCACGUUCGUGGACCCGAGGUGCAUCAGCGUGAUUGGCUACCAGCCCCAGGAUCUCCUAGGAAAGGACAUUUUGGAAUUCUGCCACUCUGAGGACCAGAGCCACCUGCGUGAGAGUUUUCAGCAGGUGGUGAAGCUGAAAGGGCAGGUGCUGUCGGUCAUGUACCGCUUCCGCACCAAGAACCGGGAGUGGUUGCUGAUCCGCACCAGCAGCUUCACCUUCCAGAACCCCUACUCCGACGAGAUCGAGUACAUCAUCUGCACCAACACCAAUGUCAAGCAGCUCCAGCAACAGCAGGCAGAGCUGGAAGUGCACCAGAGAGACGGGCUGACGUCCUAUGACCUGUCGCAGGUGCCUGUCCCCAACCUGCCCGCCGGUGUACAUGAAGCCGGGAAGUCUGUGGAGAAGGCAGAUGUCAUCUUUCCCCAGGAGAGGGAUCCCCGGUUUGCUGAGAUGUUUGCAGGAAUCGGUGCAUCGGAAAAGAAGAUGAUGAGCUCGGCCUCUGCGGCGGGAACCCAGCAGAUCUACUCCCAAGGGAGCCCGUUCCCUGCCGGGCACUCUGGGAAGGCCUUCAGCUCCUCGGUGGUUCAUGUGCCCGGAGUGAACGAUAUCCAGUCCUCCUCUUCAACCGGCCAGAACAUGUCCCAAAUCUCCCGGCAGCUAAACCAGAGUCAGGUGGCGUGGACAGGGAGUCGGCCGCCCUUUCCCGGACAGCAAAUCCCCUCUCAGUCCAGCAAGACUCAGUCGUCUCCCUUUGGGAUCGGAACGAGCCACACCUACCCGGCCGACCCCUCCUCCUAUAGCCCGCUGUCCAGCCCGGCUACCUCCUCGCCCAGCGGGACCGCCUACUCCAGUCUGGCCAACAGGACUCCGGGGUUCGCUGAAAGCGGACAAAGUAGCGGUCAGUUCCAAGGGCGGCCCUCGGAGGUCUGGUCCCAGUGGCAAAGCCAGCACCACGGCCAGCAGAGCGGCGAGCACUCCCACCAGCAGCCCGGUCAGACCGAAGUGUUCCAGGUAACGCAGCGGGCGCCGCCUCUCGGAGGACAUGCUACCCAUGCCGGGAGACCCAACCCAGGGGACCGGCAACUACAACAUCGAAGACUUCGCCGACCUGGGCAUGUUCCCGCCGUUUUCUGAGUAGCUGCGGGCUGAGCGAGGCUUCCGCUGUGCUGUGCCACCCAUGCUGUGACGCUGACGCCCACAUGAGUGGGGCCCAUCCUCGCCCCCCUCAGCCUGCCGCCGGAGCCCCCAGCAGAAGGCACCGUGUCCCCCCCUCCCCCGUGUGGCCCCAGGCACAGCGUCGCUCAGCUCUAACCUGUAACCUCGGCUGUUCGACUGCCAACUGGAGCCCUGGUAGACGCUGGGGGGUCAGCUGUAUUUAUUGUGUUGUAUCUGUGUGUCCUUGGGAGGUAGGGCCCCAGGGUCCUUCAAAUCUACUUGUGAAGAAUCUCGUCGUAGACAGUUUUCACCUAUAAAACAUUUAGUUACCGCCCAGGGUGCCCAAGCGCCCCCCACCCCCAGACAUGCCCAGGAAGGUGGAACCAGGCAUUGUCUUGCCUUUAUCUUCUGUGGGUGGGUGGGGCUCAGAGGCGCCAGGAAAAGGUGUGAGCAGGAGGUGAGGGCACAGGGACCCCGAGGUGGACCUGGCUCCCCCGACUCCCGCUCGCCGAGUCUUUGCGCUGCUUGUACUGUGGGACGUGGGACGUGUGUCCUUUGUACAGUGUGAUGUGAGUGUCUGUCCUAAUGGACGUGUCGUGCCAGUGUCUGUCGUGUGGCCAGAGUGAAUGUCUAGAGUCCAGGGUAUGUCGCGAGCGCGUCCCCAUGUGCAGCCCCCUCCCCGAGCUCAGCAGCACCCCGACUGGAGGGAGCAGGGCCAGGGCCUGGGCACCAGGCUGGUGGGCUGAGCUGAGCAGGAUACAUUGCUGCGUCCACCUCCUCCGGCCAGGACCUGGCGGUCACAGAGGGUCUUGUAUACAGCAGGUGUGAGCAGGCGGGCAGGACACCCAGGCCUCCAGUCCUGCACUCCAAGCCCCUUCCCCAGGACCAGCCUCGGGGGGUGCAUUCUGCUCAGUGACUGGAGAUGGUUUAGGGGUGAGCCCCAUGCGUGGAGGUGGGAACUCUGAAGUGCUCCCCACCAGGCCGCCUGAGCCUGCUUUCUUCAGCCAGCUGGGGACAGCGGCGUCUUGGGAGGCACAGGGGCAGGUCUGUGGUCAGAACACUGGGGUCUGCUCCUGGUUCUAGUUCGGAUUCUGCCGUCCUCACCAGGGCCUUGCGUUCCCUGGAUGGUCCCGAAACGGGAGGAAGAGCUGACUUCUGGAAGCUUCUGCCCGGCUGAGCUCUGAGCCCAUGGUCCCUGGCCUGCUGUGUUUCCUCAAAUUGGAGGAGACGCAUUCCAGAGUCCAUCCCCGUUUCCCCUUACCUCUGCCCCGCCCAUGCCCGUCCGCUGUGGACGGCUUCUCUCGUUUUCUUCUUUCCCUGACCGCCAGCCUCCUGUUUGUAUCUCCGUCCCAUCUGCUCCCUCACUCCCCUAGGGAGGGAAGCUACUCACAGCUGCCUUGGGGUGGCUGGAGGGCCCCCCCCCCGAUACCCCUGUGUCCCUGCCACAGUCCCUUUAGAUGGCCUCCUCAGGCCCCUGGCUCAGAAGCAGCACGAAUGUCCCCCCUUGAUUCUGGAGGGCCAGGUAGAGCAGAGCUAGUUCCAGGUGGCCUGAGCCCCGUGGGCCCAGCUGCAGGAGUGGCCAUGGGUGUGUUUGCUUCAAUCCUCUCAAACCUCUACGUGAAAGGCCAGCCCUGCCUGGCAUCCCGGGGGCAGCGUGGGCCCAGCUUGCUUGGGGAGCUCCACCUGUAAAGUUCAACAUCGCUGGGUGGAAGGCCUUUGGCCGCUGCCAGCUCUGCGUGACCCGGUUCCUAGGCACCCACUUAGCACUGACUGUAGUUCCAGGGUGGCUUUUAAUGCUGUGUAAAUAGCAGUGAUUGGGCCUUGGGUUUAGAUGCACAGGAUGUCCUGUGGCCCACAGGAGUCUCUUGGCUUCUAGGGAAACAGCAGGUGGUGGGAGCAACACUCACCCUGACGGCUCCAGACCCAGAGGGGCCUUCCCCAUGCCACCCAGCCCGGCCACCCCUGCCUCGCAGCCUGGAGCUGGCCCAGGCAGUGGGCACAGCGGUUUCCCAAAAAGGUACCAAAAGAGCUUUGGGGUCAGAGGACGGUUUCUCAGUGAAAUGAAAACACGUUUGCCUGUGAGUUUAGAAGUUUGGGGGAUUUUGUGUUUGUUUUUCCUUCUGUUUUUUUUUUUUUUGGAGGGAACUUGGAGGAUUUUCAUUAGGUUGGCACACUGGCUGCGAGCUGCCACAUGCCCGGGUCUGUGCUGAGCACUGUGGGCGGGGCGGGUACAGAGGAAGGGGGAGGAGAUCCUUGAUCCCAGAGACCUUUCACCUACUCCUCUCACUUAAACUCGACUUAACAGGGUGCAGACAGCUCAGUUCUUGGCCCUGGGAGGCAAGGAUUUGUGGGUGAAUGAAAGCCAGGUGUCUUUAUUUGUGCCAGCGAAGAGGCUGUGUGCUCUCCAGAUUACCACACCUGACUAUGGCAGACGAGGCAGGUCCCGAGAAACAAGAAUGUUCUCGUCCCCCCACGUCAGCACUCAGGCCAGCAGAUGACAGGGACAUUCACCCACCUGCUCGCUCACCAUUAGGACCUGUCCUGUCAGCAAGGCCACACCGGUUACCUAACUGCUCUAGGCCAUAACAAGUCAGGGUAGAAAUGCUCUUUGCUUUACCGGAAAAUAUGGAUUUGGUUAUUAGGUCACUGUGUCCUGGCUUGCCCGGGGUCUUCCUCUCUCCCCCUUCCUCCACCAAAUCCUUGUCUUGUGUACUAAGGGGCCACAUGCACCUGGCUGUCCCCUUUCCCCUACUGCCUGAGGCUGCGGGAAGAGGCACCCCGCCCAUGUCAUGUGUGCCCGGGUCUCAUGGCCAGGCCUGUUUUGUGGUCAAGCCAUCGAGGAAAGCCUGUGGGUUCUGCCUGAAGGUGACGAAGCCACAGCCUCCUGGGCUCUGCUGGGACGGGACAACAUGCUUCUUAUAACCAUCUCAUCUUCCUUCAGAGACGGAAGGCCUCACAGAUGAGCUUCCGUGGACAAUUUAAGCACUUAAUCCUCUGUCUUCUAACUUUUCUUCUUAUGGAUGUGAACUGUGCUGUGCCUCAACCGUCACUUGUAUUUCUUGAAUGUGCUCGAUGACUAAACAGCUACGUAGGUCGGUCGUGUGUCUGUAUAACGAAUGUAACUGCCUUUUAAAAUCUCCUUGCAGUAAAAAUGACUUUGAACAGCGACUA